GGGGAACAGCGUGUGAGGAAGGGGAGGGCGAGAGGAGCGAGGAGGAGAGAGGGUGUCCCGUCUGAGCCCAGCAUAGAGACAGACAGCAGGGAACAGCUGCAGCGUGAGGUGCGCCUAGGAUUUCACUGCAUUGCGAUUUAAAUAACGGCCAUUUCACUCCCAUAUCCCCGAAUAGAGCAAGCUCGACCAAGCAACCAAAUAUCAACGCAAAAAUGGUUGAUCGCGAGCAGCUGGUUCAGAAAGCCAGGCUGGCGGAGCAGGCUGAGAGAUAUGAUGACAUGGCGGCUGCUAUGAAAUCGGUCACAGAGCUGAACGAGGCACUGUCUAAUGAGGAGAGGAACCUGUUGUCUGUGGCGUACAAGAACGUAGUGGGUGCACGCCGCUCGUCCUGGAGGGUCAUCUCCAGCAUCGAGCAGAAGACUUCCACUGAUGGCAAUGAGAAGAAGAUCGAGAUGGUGCGUGCCUACAGAGAGAAGAUAGAGAAGGAGCUGGAGGCUGUGUGCCAAGAUGUCCUCAACCUACUGGACAACUUCCUGAUCAAGAACUGCAGCGAGACGCAGCAUGAGAGCAAAGUCUUUUACCUGAAGAUGAAGGGCGACUACUACCGGUACCUGGCUGAGGUGGCCACAGGUGAAAAGAGGGCUACAGUGGUGGAGUCCUCGGAGAAAGCCUACAAUGAGGCCCAUGAGAUCAGCAAAGAGCACAUGCAGCCCACCCACCCCAUCCGCCUGGGCCUGGCCCUCAACUACUCUGUGUUUUACUACGAGAUCCAGAACGCGCCGGAGCAGGCCUGCCAUCUGGCCAAGACCGCCUUCGACGACGCCAUUGCCGAGCUAGACACCCUCAAUGAGGACUCCUACAAAGACUCCACUCUGAUCAUGCAGCUGCUUCGAGACAACUUGACACUGUGGACAAGUGACCAGCAGGACGACGAGGGCGGGGAGGGCAACAAUUAAAGAGAAGACACACUUCGAAAAAAUGUUGAAAGGCCGGUGGACUUUGGCAGCCGCUUUUGCCAAUGAUACUACCGCUGACGCAGUUCUUUAUUUUUCCAUGAGUUAAAAGAAAAGAAUCAAAAGAAAGGUGGGAGUGGAGGUUAAAUCUUAGUUUAAAUAUAUAUAGAAAUAUAUAUACAGUUGAAGGGGGCCUCCGUCUUCUUGAUUUUCUCUUUGACAUUUGCCAAACCACUGAUAUGUCAGUCAAUCAGUCUGAAGUGGUUGUUGUUGGAUUGAAAUGGCAGCCUCACACUGGCAUAGGAACUGAUCUUGAUCUAUCAAGAUAAGCUGCUUAGUUAGGUUUUUGCGCAAUAGAGAUGCAUUUGAGUCACUUGAGAGAGAAAAUGCUUGAAUGGGAAUGCCUCACAAAUAGUUUGCAUUGGUUCCAGUAGUAGUAAAGGGCCCCUAUGAAAGCCAUUUUUUCACUCUAGCUACAAGGUAUACCUGUCCUCUAGUCCCAAGUUUGAAAAAUUAUUACCUACAGUUUUUAAUUAUAUUAGAAAUUAGAACAAAUGUAUUCCCCUUUUUUAUGUCUGAAGUGUAUUUGGCAUCUCACAGAAUAGUCUUCAAUUGUCACUGGAACCAUACUGUUGGACGUGAAGAUUACUAAAGGCAGAGACUUAAUACAACAAAAAGACAAAAAAUAAUUAAAAAAGCAGCAUCAGAGUUUGUGGUUUACUUCUGUGUUUGUUUUAUUAAAUGCACUUGCCUACUAUACUGUUUCUUCAGUGUAAAAUGAUGACAAUAAUAUCGAUUAUUCAAUAUUGUGCAUGCUGGUGAUGUAUUUAUAUACAGUAGCUUGACUUUAUUAACUUAUACUGUGGGUGUUAAGUAUUCAUAUGAUUGAAAAACAGGCUUUGUCUAAUGUUUAUUUCUAAUUUAUUUUGUUUUGCUAUUGUUUUGAUUUGCUAUACCAAAAUGGUGAUCGUAAAAAUUGAUCUGUAAUGGGCGUUGCUAUAGUGACAUGCAAUAUGUGUUUUUAAUUUGUUGAAAGAAAAAAGGAAGAUAAAAUCCACCAGUGAUCACUUAACCUUAGCUGCUGGUGUUUGUCACAUUAAAGUAUGAUUCUGAUAUAUUUUGUUUGAACAGUAUUUAAGUACUUUUUUGUCAUGCUAUUAUCCAGUUUGAAUAAUGGUGACUUUUCCAGCCUCAAUGUUUCUGUUAUGAAUUCACAACAUGGACCAUAUAUUUUAUUUCUAACAGUAUACAUUUUUGUUUUUAUACCUUUUAGCUGUUCCUGAGUGACAAAAUAUCUUGAAUGUGAGUCAUUAUGUAGCAGUUGCACAAGAAUCAAAAUAAUAGCUAUGAUAAUAAAAAAUAUAAUGACAAAAUUAUCAACACACCAUGUCCAUGGUGGUCUAGUGUAUUAUAUUAUCAUCCAUAACACGGGGAGAGCCAUUUCAUAGAGGUUUCACCUUGUUUGGUGCCCUCAGUACAGUCUGUGCUACCUAUCUGUGCCUGUAUCUUGUUUGAAUAGGCCUCAUUUACAAGUCAACCUUUACCAAAAAGGAGUUGUUUUUAAGUAUUUUGUUUGAUCGCAUGUAUGUAACAAAAAUUCCCCUUAUGUGUCUUAAUGUCCUACAUAUUUUACUAUAUAUUAUUAUUCAAUGAUGCACAAAUAGAAAGAUUAAUGUCAAAUGGGAGUGAACAAACUUGCUGCAAAGCACAGAAAACUGCUGAAAUCAUUUAAAUGCUGCUAAACCUAUAUGUUAUAUUAAAGCAAAUGGCAGUUUUAGGACUUUAUUUUCAUACUACACAAAAAGGUGGUUUUCAUUCAGAUGUAGUAACUUAGACGACAAACCCAAAGCCUUAAGGUCGGUCACACAACCUUGUUCAUGUAUGCCAACUAUGCCACCACCAUGAGUCAGCCUGCAUGAGCUCACACUAUGUCCCAGCUGCCUCUUUUAUUUUUAACUUGGUAUAAAGUUGAUAGCUUGCCAGACAAAUAGCAUGGAUCUUUUGCCUAAUUCUGUGCAGCUGCUCACACAUACACAAUAGUAUUUUAGAUACAUAUUACCAUUACAGUUCAGCAUGAGCUUUGAUGUUCUCAUUGUGGCCAAUGAAAGGUAUAGGUGACACCUGUCCAAAGCCAUGUCAGGAUACUUUCACCCAUUGCCAUAGAAACUGCAUUAUUUUUUGUUUAAGGUAUUUGUGUUUUCACUUCUAUGUUUUUUUUAUGUUAAAAUUAUUUUAUAAUUUGAAUUUUAACCCCAGCUUUGUGACAUGGAAACUUAAACGAUAUCAACCAGACAUUAGCAAUUUAGACCUAUAUCAAUAAAGACGAUAGCUAAGAUUUUAAAUGUAUAAUUUGAAAUCUUUGGUUCCCAUCUGUUGUCCAUUAAAGUUAUUUGUUUAUCUGUA